GACGGGCAGCUCAGCUCAGCAGCUUCCAAGAGUCCUGAGACGAGAGAGAACGGAGAAGAGGGAAAGAUCAUACGAAGGCUGUAGAGGAGCAAAGAAGAGAAGAAAGAAAAGCAAAGAGAAAUGGAAACGUCCAGGACGGCCAGCCCUGAAACCACAACCAGAGACCUGUCAGAGUCCAUAAAGGAAGCCACCAAGGAGGUGCAUGAACAGGCAGAGAACACAGAGUUCAUGAAGAAGUUUCAGAAGGCAGAAGUGUCACUCCAGGAAUUUAAGCUGGUUACAGCUUCUUUGUACCACAUCUACUCUGCUCUGGAGGAGGAGAUUGAGCGUAACAAGGAGCACCCAGCCUAUGCCCCUGUUUACUUCCCAGCUGAGCUUCACCGCAAAGAUGCCCUGGAACAAGACUUGGAGUAUUUCUAUGGCCCUAUGUGGAGGGAAGAGAUCCCUUGUUCCCAGGCCACUCAGAAAUAUGUGGAGAGAAUCCACUAUGUGGGUCAGCAUGAACCUGAGACCCUGGUAGCCCAUGCCUAUACAAGAUAUUUGGGAGAUCUGUCUGGUGGGCAGGUGCUAAAGAAGAUAGCCCAGAAAGCUCUUCAGUUGCCUGUUACUGGAGAGGGCCUAGCUUUUUUCACUUUUGAUGGUGUGUCCAGUGCCACAAAGUUCAAGCAGCUCUAUCGGUCCCGGAUGAAUUCCAUUGAGAUGGACCCAGCCACCAAAGACAAAGUCUUGGAGGAAGCCAAGAACACAUUCCUGCUAAAUAUACAACUGUUUCAAGAGCUGCAGAAGAUGAUGUCUCAGGGCAACGAGAACAAUCGCCCUGCACAACAGAAGCCAGAGCUUCGCACAAGGAACACGAACAGAACACAUGAGCACGCUUCAGCUCCUAUGAAAGAUGACGGAAAGGCAAAGAUGAGGCACACGGACCUGCUGCUCAGCACUCCUCUUGUACGGUGGAUUCUCGCUCUUAGCUUCAUAGUGACAACGGUGGCUGUGGGCUUCUUUGCCAUGUGAAUAGAUGGCACUCUAGACCUCACCCUCUGGCUGCUCCCCAUAUACUGCAAAAUAACAUGUCCUACCCAGUUUAUAAGAGAAAUUCCCCUCUCUGAACACUGUGAUCUUAGCUGUGCCACUAACUUUAGAGUACUCUCCCAAAAGACUCAGAGAACUUGAAGGGGUCUGCAUGAACUCUCUCCCAUGUGUGCUGAGAACAUUUCUGUAUUGAGACGCUGAACUCCUCACCAAAGAGGCAUGGACCAGGAUCUGCCACUGUUUCAAACUGUUCCUGCAAAGAGUCCUAGGUAAAGCAUGGGCUGGCAUGUUUCCUGCCAUCCAAGAAGUAAACUCAACUGGAGCUUUUGUUUGCUUGAUGUUUUGUAAUGCUGGCCGCUACUGUUACAAUUGCUUCUGUGAAUUAAUAAGGCUCCCCUAGAAUUAUAAACUGUUUUAUAUGACACUAUCAGCUCUUUGGCAUAUAUUUGUUUGGGUUUUUUUUACAAUCAUGACUCUUUGUUUAUUUGGAUUUUUUUUACAAUCACAAAUCACAGAUCACUUUGGUUUUUAAACAGCAGAAUGCAGUUGUUGAAGGUAUUGUGUUGUCCAUGUCCUUGUGUUUUGUCUGUAUAAUUUAUUCAUACAAUAAACCUCCACGGAAAAUGA